AUGAAUAAGGUGAAUCUUGUGAAUAUCCUAAUUGACUCAUUAGGAAACAGAAUGCCAAAAGCAUGCAAACUGUUUGCAGUAUUGGUAACCGUGGAAGCGAAUUGCACAGUAACUGAACCUAAAGUGGCAAGCAACGUCAAUGUCUGCAACUCGGACGACCCUAAGGUACGGCUUUUGUGCUGCAAAAAGCCCCUGGAGGAAGCCUUCGAGACUGGAAAAAGAGUCAUUGUGUCCGAAUGCGUGAACGGAGAUUGGACGAACGAGAAAAAGAACUGCUCUGCGCCGGUUGGAAAUGACUUCUCCAUCCAAGACUGCGGACCCUACGCGAUUCCGGCCCCAACCGGCUCUACACUGAGCUACAACCUAACGGCGGGGACGACGAAUACGCACUUCGCCGUCGUCCACAAAUGCACCGGCCAGAAGAUCUGGAUCUCCGGGAAGACUAUGGGUGGCCUGGCUCAGUGCAUUAACGGAACGUGGACACCCAUCACCGAUUCGUGCAUGGAAGACUGUAAUCCCGUAGUACGAGACUGCUCUGAGAUCGUCCAGUACAGCAACGUAUCGGGCUUCUUCACAGUCGCUCCCGAUGGAAGUACUACGUCAAAUUGUGUACUGGUGUGGUGCGACCUAGCGGACAGCAAGUACCCUGGCGGCGGGGGCUGGACUCUGCUGAUGAAGGCGGUGGCCGGAAACACGGUGUUCCAGAAUCUGUCCGCCGAAAGCUACCGCGAACCCAUCAACGCACCGGAGGACGACAACUACUUCUUAGGUUUCAACACACUGCUGAAAAUGAACUGGAACGGAAGUAGCAUCCAGAGACCCCUAGUACUACAGAUCAUUAUGACAAGGGGAGGCUACCUGUACGAAGCCUCUUACGACAAUUUCGUCAUAAAUCCAGAUUUCUCUCUACUGAGUGUUGGGAAAGCCUUCGGAAGCGCUUGGAACUACCUGGAUGACCACGUUGGCUAUCCUUUUCGGAAACCCGAGAACAAAAGCGCCUGGUGGGCGCCUACUGACCCAGUUCUUCUCGAAAGGGCGUAUGCCAACUGGACUUGGCUCACUGACCCGGGUCUUCGCUGGAAAUUCUGGAGCACCGAGGCCAUCACCAGCGUGAAGAUACGAUUCAGGCCUCUCUCUUACGACAGAGUGGUCAGUUGUCCAUUCGGCGUUGACAUGUCUGGGAAAUCUGCCUACUACCCACUGGAGAGAGUCCCUGGCAAACGGUUCACGUUCUCCUGCUGGGAGCCUUUCCACUCCAUGAAGGGUCCGGGAGGCGUCCUCUACACAUCCGGGACUGUGGACUGCCUGCCAGGUCCCGCAGGUGGAAGUUACCCGACGUGGAAUGAAACGCUCAAUCUCCCUUGCGAACUCAACUGUCCAGCUUCCUUCAUCAAGUCAAGCUACCAAGAAUCCUGCUACAAUUUCACUAAUUCUGCUCAGCUGAAGUUUGGUUUCGUCAGUGGGGCUCUCACGUGUGCCAAAAUGAACGCAUCCAUGGCCUUCAUCGGCAACGUGGUGGAGUUUGGAUCUGCGACCUGGGAACUUCUUACUAUACUGCUUAUAAUUACAGAGGUGGAAGCAAUAUCACCAACCCGCUCCCAACGUUCCUGAACUGCAGUCAAAACUGCUCGGUAACCCCAACGCAAGAGUGCAUCACGGUGACCAAAAACGGUUACUACAAGUUGCAGAGUUGCAACGAUUCCACGGCACAAGUUGCCUGUCGGUAUCCAGGAACUUGUCCACGCCGUUACAGCGAGCACAGAGGUCUCU